CGAGAGGUUUUUCACAGCUCGGCUCAUCUAGAGUUACUGUCCUUUAUCCGCCAGGGCAACAGGUGGGCACCUGUCUGUACACACACACAUAUAUGUAUAAGCUGACAUACAUACGUACGCACAUCGAAAGUUAUGCAAGUACAGGUGUGUUAAGGAUUAAUUAAAGCCACCUGGAUUCUGUGUAAAUUUUUAAAUAUCUACUGUUCUUAUUUCCCUUAUGUGUAUUAUUAGCCAUGGCAUUUUUAUGUCCCGCGAAAUUGAAAAAGUCAAAAAAGAAGAAAGAAUUUGACCAGUAUCCUCUACGCCGAAAUCUAACAGGAAGCGCAAGUCUUGACACUUUGACUCAAGUUGGUUUAGCCAAAAAAGACGGUCUUGACCCUGAAGCUCGCCUAAUAGUCAUUCAAGAUUUUGUCGCUUGUGUUGACGACGAAGUCUCUGUGAAGAAAGGAGACAUAGUCUACGCUCUUUACAGAGAUAAUGAUUGGUUGUAUAUACUUUGUGAUAAUGGUAAAGAAGGCUUCGUUCCUAUAUCGUACACCACACAAGCAAUACGUAAGCAGCAACGUACAGUUGAUAAUGACAUCAAACAGAAUACGCUAGAGAAGGAUUCUCAUAACAACUCAGGAGAAAGUUAUAUCAGUUAUCAAGAGGCCAGUAUAUUCCAUAAACGAGACUGUGGGAAGUUCUUGGUAGUAUAUAAUUUCGAUGCUGUGAAUGACAAUGACAUAACAGUUGAAAGUGGGGAUAUUAUUACUGUUCUAAAUGUCGAUGAUCCAAACUGGUUUUGGAUUAUAAAAAACUGCAAACAAGAAGGAUUUAUUCCAGCUUCUUACUUAGUGCCUAUAAUUCAUACUGAUCCAACAGGAAAAGGUGUCUAACUAGAGUAAUAAUACCUCUUGAAUUUUUUUUUGUGGGGUUUAUGAACAAAAUUUUUCACACACAGAGAAUGACAUUACACAAAAAAUUAUUAUAUGUCAAUUCGUGCCAUGAGAAUACUACAGCCAAAUGCAAUAAACUCUUUGGGACUUUCGACUCGGCAUGGCUAUCGUCACUCAGAAAUGAGUAUAAGUGUAUUGAGUUGACAAGAGUAUUGUAAUCCUGUACAAAAUAAGAGUUCGUGAGUUCAAUCUCAGCUUGGAAAUAUGAUGAACAGAAGUAAAACUAUUUGAAAUUUAGUUUUUCAAAAGAGAAAAGAUGAAUUUAACCCUUUAGUAUUUAAACCGGCCAAAAUAUUUAAUCAGUUUUAUGUUCAAACUGACCAGAUCCAGGCCCUCACACCUACCCUACAAUGUUAUUCUACAUUAGGUAAUUACACCAUCAAGAUCUUGAAGAUAUGAGAUAAUGCAUGAUUAAUUCAAAUCAAUGGGAAUCAAUAAGCAUUAUGUUUGAUAGAAUUAUCAGAACACUACAGGUUUAAUGGUCUCUGAAUUCAAGGUGUCGAUAUAUAAUUGUAUAAGUACCUGGAUAGGACGAGGAAACCAUGGAAUUUCUCUUUUAAAGAAUUUGUCUUUCAUAAACUUGAAUUUGUAAAUUGUUACUGAUCAAAAACAACAUUUCUUUAA